AUGCCUCGGCGGAAGCCACAGGCGCCCUUGCCUCGGCGGAAGCCACAGGCGCCCUUGCCUCGGCGGAAGCCACAGGCGCCCUUGCCUCGGCGGAAGCCACAGGCGCCCUUGCCUCGGCGGAAGCCACAGGCGCCCUUGCCUCGGCGGAAGCCACAGGCGCCCUUGCCUCGGCGGAAGCCACAGGCGCCCUUGCCUCGGCGGAAGCCACAGGCGCCCUUGCCUCGGCGGAAGCCACAGGCGCCCUUGCCUCGGCGGAAGCCACAGGCCUUGAACAGGAGGGCCAACUCCUCAAGCAACAUGGAUUUUAGCAGCAGUGGUGUUUCUCAGGAUUUUGGGUCUGAUGGUGACAAUGAAAGCACCCAAUGUCUCAGCUCCAGCAGCGUUCAAGGCAGCAUCGUUGAAUAGUCAGUUCUCAUUCCAAUAUAUUUACAAAUCUGUGACUGAGAAUGGCAAAACUGUCUACUCCCAAACCUACCACACCACUGGGGAGGUUAUACCAUUUUGAUAGCGGAGAUACUCUCAAGGACUGUAGUAACGUUGGCAUCUCUGAACCAAGCAUAUCCCCACCUGCUAAAAACUCACAACCUGCUAAAGGAGCCCUGCCACAAGGGACGUCUACUGGGAUGUAAUGUGCAACUUUUACACUCACCUGCACUUUGCGUUCUGAUUUAGAAAUCAUUUGUACUAAUCAUCUAUCAACAGAAUUGCAAUGGUAGAUUCAUCCUUUUGAUGACAAAUCCAAGUUGUUGCUGACACUUUCUUUAAGCUUCCACUGUAUGCUUUUGCGUCAGCCAGGGAGAUGCUUCUGCUCAUGCUACUCUGCAUUACUUGUAAAACAAUAAAAUAUUGUACCUUUAAGUGCC